AUGAAGAUAAUACACGUAUCUUCUGAAGAGUCGCGAAUAGCACUGGCCUCUCUACGUAAUUCCGUUGACGCAUGUGUCACUGCAUUUAGAGGACCAGAGUACUAUAAGGUUCGCCAUUUUCAAAAACUACCCUUAAAGAGUUUGAUGUUGUCCAUUUUUGAAUUGUCUAUAGACCCGAUUAUUUCACAUCAACUGUAUGCUUCAUUACUUCCUGAAGUCUUAUCUGUUCCAGAUCACCGUCAAAGUGAAUAUAUAUUAAACUUCUUAAAGAACUCUACUCCUCUCAGCUGUUAUACACUUUUAUGGCAACUCUGUACUUUGGAUUCUAAUUGGCCAAUCGAUUCAUAUUCUGUCAUAGAGUUCCUUUUUGAUCCGAGUUUAUCCCAUGUAUCAUCAACGCCAGAUUUAUCUCUCAAUCAAUUGUUCAUGGUUGUUGUGAGUAAAUUUUACAAUGAUACUCAAAAAGAUAUAAUCAAUUUGCGGAAAUCAAUAAAAUUCACAAAUAUGAUUAUUAAAUUUUUACGGAAUUAUACAACUUAUUACCCAUUAUCUCAAUGCCCAGAGGAAUCACAACUUUUGUUAAAACAAUUGGCAAAUGAAAAUUCUACUUUUCUACGAAAUACAUUGAAAAAUUUGAUUUGUUCAUGA